AGCGUAAAAAAUCAAAUUUACACGGAACACGCAGCAGAAAACAAGUCCUCAGAAUCUGAGAGAAGAGGAUAAAGAAAUGGCGGUCCACGUAUAUUCAUCGCCUCUACCUACCUUGUUCUUCCCCACCACUCAGAACCCACUAUUCCGAAGUCAACGCCUGCGGUCAGGUCAACGGCGUUUGCUCAUCAGAGCAUCUCAGCUUCAAACAAUAAAAUUAGACAAAUCCACCUUAAAGGUCUCCGAAGCUAUCUCUGAAGGUGAGCUCUGGGCGGCCUCUGCUCUCCGUGUCCGAUCCUUCUACGACUUCAAACCCUCCACCUUUGCCAUCCAAGAUCAUAAAAAGUACUUGGCUGAACGUGAGUAUGAAGCCUUGAAGGAAAGAGUUGCAGGGAAAAGACUUGGUUUUAAAAGAGUUUCAUGCAUAAAUGCUACACUUCCGUUGUCACAGAUCUCAAGUAUUUCUGAAGAUCUAAGCAAUACAUGUAAGAUUUCACUUUGCGGCGAAGAUCGAGUAGUUGUUGGGUCCCUGGAUAUAAACCAGUGUAUUAGGCUUCCAGAUGAGAUUACAGGAAUGAAGCCGGAGGGACUUAAAGCUGAUUUUGCUAGGGCCUAUAUAAGUAAUGUAUGUGUUGCCGAGGAAUUGUACCGGAAUGGGCUGGGCUACGCACUUGUUGCCGAGUCAAAGAGGGUGGCCGGACAUUGGGGAAUAACUGAUUUAUAUGUUCAUGUUGCUUUUGACAACGAGGCAGCAAAAAAUUUGUACAUUAAAAGUGGAUUUGUUCAUGAGAAUGAUGAACCUGCAUGGCAAGCCCGUUUCUUGGAUCGUCCUCGAAGAAUCCUUUUGUGGUCUGAUCUUUCUAACUGCUACCAUCUGUAAUUAUAGAAUACAUUAACACGAAGCCCCCCUCAGGGCAAUUGUUGAAUAUUUAUGAUCUUUAGUUUAUUUGUAAUGAUAAGCAGUUAUAUUGAAGUAGUAUGGUGUUGCCUAA